AUGUUUAUCAAGACACAAUUGAUUUUACUUGCAUUAAUAGCUGUUGUAUACAGUCAAACAGAUGAUGAAGAAUCAUUUUUAUUUGUUACAAAACAAACAGCUAAUCGUUUUAUUGUACAAGAUAAAGAAUUAACUAUUAAAUAUGGUUUAUAUAACUCUGGACCAACAACCGUUUUCAAUGUUAAUUUGAAUGAUGUUCAUAGUUAUCCAUCAACUAGCUAUGAAUUACUUGUCGGUACACUUACUCCAAAAUGGGAACGAAUUAAUGCUGGAAGUAAUUUAACUCAUGUUGUUGUUUUGAAACCAAAACAAAAUGGUAUUAGCAAUAGUUCACAUGCUGUUGUUACAUAUCAAAAGAGUGAAAAAACCAGUGAUGUUCAAAGAACUUAUUCAUCUGAAAUCGGUGAUGUUUACAUAAUGACAACCCGUGAAUAUGAUCGACGAUUUUCAUCACAUAUUAUUGAUUGGAUACUCUUUACUGCUAUGGCAAGUCCAUGUAUCGUUUUUCCAUUCUUUCUUUGGUUCAACAGCAAACGAAAAUACGAAUCAUUAGUGUCAAAAGAUCGAUCAGCAAAAAAAGCUCAAUAG